UUAUUUACCAUCGACCAGUUGAACAAUCAGUAGCUCCAAAGCGUCCGAGCGAUACAAAGUUGAUCUGAGCGAUAGCGAAAGCCACAAUCUAACCUAAGAAACACACGUCUCACAACAAAUUUAUCGAAAUGGAAAACAUGGUAAGCCUUGAUGGCUCAGUGCUAGAAGGCGGUGGGCAAAUUUUACGUGUGGCCUUAGCCAUAAGUUGUCUGAAAAAAUUAUCCGUCCACAUCUUCAACAUACGACAGAAACGAAGCAAUCCCGGACUGAGAGACCAGCAUUUGCGGUGCAUCGAACUAGUGCGGGACCUAUCGAACGGCACUGUCGUCGGGGCAUUUAUUGGAUCAACCGAAAUAUUCUUUCGUCCAGGCGACAUCGUAGGGGGCUCAUUUCAGGCCGUAAUCAAAACCGCCGGCAGUAUUGGUUUGCUCUUGCAAGUGGCCCUGCCUUGUGCAUUAUUCGCCGAAACAGACGUCACUCUUCACUUAUUUGGGGGCACCAAUACGAAAAUGGCACCGCAAGUCGAUUACCUCACUGAAAUUUUUCGCCCCAUAAUGGAGAAGUUCGGCGCCACUUAUGAUUUCGAAUUGAUCAGACGGGGAUAUUUCCCUAAAGGAGGUGGAGCGGUCGUGGUACAUGUAAAACCAAUUAAGCAAUUAAAUGGGGUCCAAUUGAUAAACCCGGGCAAGGUAACCAGCAUCACUGGCUGGAGCUUCGUGUCUGGAACUCUGCCGGCAUUUUUGGCGAACAAAAUCGCCGAUGGGGCCGAGAAAUAUUUAUCCAGAAUUUGUUCCAAUGUGAACAUUGAAAGAUACAAGGAAGACCGCAAUGUGGCCCCCGAUAAUUCCUCGGGAAUCAUUUUGGCCGCUUAUACGGACACGGAUUGUAUAUUGGGGUCGGAUGCGCUAGGAAGCCGAAAAGAAGAUGCGGAGCAAACGGGGCAACGAGCCGCAGAAGCCCUGCUAGAGACUUUGGAUCAGGAAUGCUGCGUAGACGAACAUAGCCAGAACCAAAUGCUCAUUUUCAUGGCUUUAGCCUCGGGACCUUCUCGUGUGCGUGUUGGCAAAACCACUCUACACACGACUACAGCGAUCCAUGUCAUAGAAACCUUAACAGCAGUCAAAUUUAGUAUAGAGAAUUUGUCUGAUACAGCCAAUAUCAUUCAUUGUACAGGCAGUAAGUAGAAUCUAUUAAUUAAUCUUGGUAUAAUUUGGGGAAGAGAAAACAUACCUAAUUUUAGACAAAAGUUGUUGGUAUUAAGUUAAUGUUGAGCAACUGCUCUAGAAUUUGAGGCACCCCACGAAAAAGGUGGCCCAAAUUCAAUAAUUAACAACCCUGUAUAUAUUUGCUAAUUAUGACGAAUUUGUUUACAAUCGCAAUUUAAAAUAAGAUCAACAUACCUGUACUUACUUCCUCCCAUCAUCAUAAACCUUGGAUGGCUCUGAUAAUGUCCCAAGUUUCGUUGCUAUCCAAGCCUAUACCAAUAUGUUUUAACAUUGGAAGUUUAAGCGACAAUCAUUACAUUUUACGAAUUUUUCUUAAAUUGACCGCAAAUUGCCAUUUUUAAAUAAACCAUCGCAAUUAGGAGACUGAUUGAUAUACUUUUUGCAUGAUGAACAUGUACUCAAAAGGAUCUGAGCCGAACUUGGAUUUUUUGCACACAUUUGUAUAUAAUGCUAAUUUAAUAAAUAACUUUGAAACAGUAAAA